AUGACCGCCGCCCGCUUCGACGCCCUGCCCGUCGCCCCGCCGCUGCGCCGCGCCAUGGCCGAAGUCUUCAAGUACGACACCAUGACGCACGUGCAGAGCGCCGCCGUCCCCGUCGCGCUCGAGGGCGCAGACCUCCUGGUCAAGGCCCGCACCGGCACGGGCAAGACCCUCGCCUUCCUGCUCCCGACGCUCCACGCCGUUGCCCAGAGCCCGCCGAAGAACGGCACCGCCGUGCUUGUCAUCUCGCCGACGAGGGAGCUCGCGCAGCAGAUCGCAGAGGAGGCCAGGAUGCUGCUGAGCUACUUGCCCCGCUUUACGCUCCAGGUCCUCGUCGGUGGCACCAACAUUAGAUCCGAUUUGGCCGCCGUGCGCAGGAGCGGACCACCCACUCUGCUCGUCGCUACCCCGGGCAGGCUGCUGGAUCAUUUGGGAAAUCCUUCCUCGGGCUUCCCGGCUGCCAUGCACACCCUCUCCGCCCUGAUUUUGGACGAGGCCGAUCGCCUCUUGGACAUGGGCUUUGCCCCGGAUUUGAAGCGCAUUUUCCACGCCAUCCCAUCCGUCCAGCAUAGGCAGACCUUGUUGUUUUCGGCUACCAUGCCGGCAGACGUCGAGAACAUGGCCCGCAUGGCCCUCAAGCCGGAUUUCAAGGUUGUCGAUUGCGUCGGUGAGGGCGAGAAUACCCACCACCACGUCAAGCAGUCCAUGCUGGUCACCUCCUUGCCCGACCAGAUGCCUGCCCUCGCUGCUGUGCUUGCGGAGCACACAAAGCUCAAAGACUACAAGAUUAUCGUCUUCUUCACCACCGCGAGGCAGACUCAGUUUUCCUCAGAGCUUUUCGCCAUGGCGAAUACUCCAGUUCUUGAAAUACACUCCAGAAAGUCACAGGGUCACCGUACUAAGGUCAGCGACAAGUUCCGCAACGGCAAGUCCUUGAUCAUGUUCACCAGUGACGUUACCGCCCGCGGUUUGGAUUACCCGGACGUCUCGGCUGUCAUCCAAGUCGGCCUGCCGGCAGAUAAGUCCCAGUAUGUCCAUCGCAUCGGUCGAACGGCACGCGCUGGCAAGGAUGGCAGUGGAGUACUGCUGCUCGCAGAUUUUGAAGCCCAGUCGUUUAUGAGGAAGGCAACCGACUUGCCGAUUCAACGUAUUGAUAGCCUUCCUGACACCGUCAUGCGCCCCAUGAGGGCUACCAUGGCAUCAAGUGUGGGCAAAGUCCCUUAUGGUACCAAAGCAGGAGCAUAUCAAGCUUGGCUAGGCUUCUACAACUCAAAUCUCAAGAAUCUCCAUUGGAAGAAGGAAGAUCUCGUCGCUAUGGCCAACCAAUGGGCCAUGAAUGUCGCAGCAUUGUCUGAGCCGCCGGCCUUGUUGGCUAGAACCGUUGGAAAGAUGGGCCUUCGUGACGUGCAAGGACUGCGAGUCGAGGGACGUAAUGGUGUUCCAAGAUCGGAGCGCAGUGUGAGUGGCACUGGCGCUGGUGGCGGAAGAGGUGGUAGAGGCGGCCGAGGCAGGGCCUCGGGCUCAGAGGGCGGUCGUUGGCGUGGUGGACCACAGCGCGACUCCUUCAAGCCUCCUCGGUACUGAGAUUUGCAUUGUUGUCGGUGCGAUUUUGCUUAAUGUUUUUGCUUCACAGUUUUGUUUCUUUUUGAAACGUGGUCACACACCUUUCUCUACUUCUUCUUCUUCUUCUUCCUAUCUUGAGUCGAUGGGAACGACUAAAAAGUCACUGACUUGGUAACUUCAUUACUAAAUGUUUGCGUGUCUAGGCUAGGCAUUGCGUGUGAUAAUAAACGACCAUGCUAUUUAUCACGACCACGA